AAGAAGCAACGAUAAAUGAAAAUAGUCCAAAUCUCAUAAAAUACUUUAUGGUUCUUAUAUUAUUAACCAUGGGAAAGAAAAAAAUAAAUACAUACAUAAUUAAGAAACAAAAAUAUCAGUUCUAAAAACUAUAAAGUAGAACGAAACACGAAACAUGAACGAAUCAAAGCUAUGUAUGAAUGAUACAUUUGACAAUGUUUCAUUUGGUGAAUUAAGCUUGGAAGAUAAAAAGGUAAUUGUAACUAAAGCAAAUAAUGGGGAUGGUAAUUCCCAAAACGGGAAUAAACAGAGAAACAAAAAGCAGAAAAUUAGCGAUAGUAAAAGUACUGUUCUAACGAAUAAAUGUUACAAAAAGGAUGAUAAAAUUCUAGAUUGCUUAGUUCUAAGAUGUAAGUCUAAUAAUUUACAAUCAAAGUUAAGCAGCUCUCACCAAAUUGAAAAUAGUCAUAAGCAGGUCCAUAAAGAAACUGCUUUUAUAAUAUCAAAUACAGAUAAGAAUGAGGAUAAAGAAAAUAUUAAAACAAUUAACAAAUGCUCACCAACAAGUGCCCUAUUAAAACUUCCCGAAAAUAUAUACAAUUUAUCAUUUUGGGGUUUGCCUGAAGCCAUUCUUGAAAAAUAUAAAUCUAGAAGUAUUGAGAGAAUGUUUAAAUGGCAGGUUGAAUGUUUAUAUAAUAAUAAAGUUAUGAGUGAGAUGAAAAACUUAAUUUAUUCAGCUCCAACAUCUGCUGGCAAAACUCUGGUGGCAGAAAUACUAGGAUUAAAAACAAUUUUUGAAAGAAAUAAAAAGGUAAUUUUUAUAUUACCAUUUGUUUCAAUUGUUCGUGAAAAAAUGUAUUAUUUUAAAGAUCUUUUAGGAAGUAGUGGUUUAAGAGCAGAUGGAUUUAUGGGUUCUUAUAAUCCACCAGGAGGUAUUAACUCAAUUCAUAUGGCCAUUUGUACAAUUGAAAAGGCUAAUAAUCUUAUAAAUAAGUUUUUAGAGGAAAAUACAAUUUCAGAAAUUGGUGCAGUAAUAGUUGAUGAAAUGCAUCUACUGGGAGACCCUAGCAGGGGAUAUCUCCUAGAAUUAUUACUUACAAAAUUAAGAUAUAUUUGCUUAAAAAAUGAGAAUAUUAAAAUUCAACUUGUGGGUAUGUCAGCGACACUUCCAAAUCUAAGUGAUCUAGCCGAAUGGUUAAAUGCAGAUUUGUUUACUACAUCUUUCAGACCAGUACCCUUGCAUGAGCAAAUUAUUGUCUGUGGAGAUAUUUAUGAUAAAAACCUAAAACUAAUUCGAAAAUGUAGUCAACUACCAGAGUUAGAAAACGAUGGUGACCAUAUUAUCCAGUUAUGCUUAGAAACUGUUAAAUGUAAUUCCUCAGUAUUAAUCUUUUGUCCUAGUAAAAACUGGUGUGAAAAACUGGCACAACAAUUAGCAUUAGCAUUUUAUAAAAUUGGUAAUAUGGAAAAUAGCUAUGGAGAAAUUUUGAGAUCACAAAUGAAUAAAGAUCUUAUCCUUGAAGUUUUAGAACAAUUGAAAUACUGCCCUGUUGGGUUAGAUGAAAUUUUAUACCAGACAAUUUCAUUUGGUAUUGCAUUUCACCAUGCAGGUCUAACUUUAGAUGAAAGAGACAUAAUUGAAAGCGCAUUUAGGAAUGGGGCAGUAAGAAUUCUUAUAGCUACAUCCACUUUGUCAUCAGGAGUAAAUUUACCUGCUAGAAGGGUAUUAAUAAGAAGUCCUAAAUUCUUUGGUAAGCCUAUGGAUUCCUUAGUUUAUCAACAAAUGAUAGGGAGAGCUGGAAGAAUGGGCAAAGACACUAUAGGUGAAAGUUUCCUAAUUUGUCAAAAAAACGAGUUUAAUGUAGCAACAACGUUAGUGUCUGGGAAAAUUUCAGCUGUGCAGAGUUGUUUGGAAGGUGGAGGAAAACUAAAAAGAGCAAUUUUAGAAGUUAUAUCAAGUGGGGUGGCAACUUCUCCAUAUGAUAUUAAACUUUUCACUGAUUGUACUCUUCUCUCAAUUACUGAAUCAAAAAAAGAGAACCUGGAUAAUCCAAUACAUGAAGCAGUAGAAUUUUUGAUAAGGAAUGAAUUUAUUAAGAUGUACAAUUCUGAAGAUGGGACAGGAAAAUACACGGCUACAUCAUUAGGAAAGGCAUGUUUAUCUUCAUCAAUUGCCCCAGAUGAAGGACUAGCUCUAUUUACAGAAUUAGAAAAGGCUAGGCAGUGCUUUGUACUUGAAUCAGAACUCCAUUUAAUAUAUCUUGUGACACCAUACAGUGCAUGUAAUUCAUGGGAUAAAAUAGACUGGAUGUUUUAUUUAGAUCUAUGGGAUAAGUUACUUCCAGCAAUGAAAAAAGUUGGAGAACUUGUCGGUGUAAAAGAAUCUUAUAUUGUGAAUGCUACAAGAGGAAAAGUAGACAGUGGAAGCUCAAAAUCAUUUCACGAAUUAAUGGUACACAAACGAUUUUUUGUCGCGUUGGUUUUACAAGAUCUUGUCAAUGAAAUACCUCUCAAUGAAGUAUGUAGUAAAUAUAAUUGUAACAGGGGUAUGUUACAAUCCUUACAACAGUCAGCUGCCACUUUUGCAGGAAUGGUAACAGCAUUUAGUCGCAAACUUGGAUGGUCCACCAUUGAAUUGCUAGUUUCUCAAUUUCAAGAUAGGAUGCAGUUUGGCGUGAAUCGCGACUUGCUUGACUUAAUGAAGCUUCAUUAUCUUAAUGGUAAGAUUGCAAGAAUAUUAUAUAAUGGAGGUAUUCAAACGCUUAUAGAUUUGGCAAAUGCUGAAGAGCAGAUUAUUGAAAAUAUUUUCUUCAAAGCUGAACCAUUUGAGAGUUCUAAAAUAAGGGAUGGAGAGUCCAAUUAUGACAAUAAAAAACGGAAUAAAUUAAGAAAUGUGUGGAUAUCAGGAAAAGAAGGUCUUACUGAAAUGGAGGCUGCAAAAUUAUUAAUACAAGGAGCUAGAGAGUACUUACAAAUGGAAAUGGGGCUAAAAGAAGCUAAAUGGAAAACUCAGAAUGAUACUGAUAAUAACAUAGAACAAAUAUCGCAACUUUGUGUUUCUACAAAAAAUGAUAUGGAUGUUGAAUCCUCUACAGCAAAUGUUAAAAUUACUUUCGACAAUAAGAUGAAUUAUGUAGAAAACCAAGAAGAAGAAAAGAUGAAUAAUGUAGAAAAUUCUAAGUUUCUAUGUUCUGCAGAUGAACAUAAUAUCAGCGAUGUUGAACACAUGAACAAGAUGGAAACUUCAGAUAUUCCUGAUGAUUCUUUCAAUAUCUCAUCAUUUAAUUUCAGUACCUUAAAUGAAUCGCUUAAUGAAAUUGAUAAAAAAAAUAGUAAUAUUGAUAUAGAAACUCACCAUUCCCAAGAAAAUACAACAGAGGAAUGUAUAAGGAACAACAAUAAAACAUUUAAUUUUAGCCAAGAAAACAUAACAGAUACUUUGUUGGGCGUUAAUUUUACACAAAUUGAGAAAAACUUAACCCAGCACAAAAUAAGUGAUAAUGAGAUAUUGGGGAUUGAAUCCAGUGAAGCAAAAAUGGAUUUUUUGGAAUUUAAUUCAUCAUUUGAAAUGAAUAUUUCAAACUCCUCCAUUUUUAAAACAGAUCAAGUUUCUGGUAAUAGAUCUGAUAGUCCUGAAUGCAGUUUUUCUCUUCAGCUAACUGACGAGUCUUUCAAUAAACCACUGGAUGAUUUCUUUCACGUUUUUGAUGAAAAUGAAGAACGUCAUAUUAAACAAAGUUUUACUGAAACAAAAUUUAAAAAACAAGAAAAUACUGUUGAGAAUAAUAAUAUAGAUGAUUCAUUCUUGAAUUCAGAUGACUCAUUAUUAGAUGCUACACCUCCAAAGAAAUCAUUAAUCCUAGAUAAGCUAAGUACCCCUGGGAACAAGAUUUCUUUAGUGAAUUUUAAAGAUAUUAUUGAGCAAGUACCUAGCGUAUCGAAAGUUAAUAUUUUAUCUGUUACUGAUAACGACAACUUGUUAUCUGAAUUUUGUAAAGAUCUUCAACUACAAAAAGAAUUCUCUCUUUCUAUGAUUUGCCGUAAAAUAUCUGAGAGAAUAAUAAUUGGUGCAAAUAUAAUAUCCACUGUGAAUACUACCCAUGUAAAUCCUUUAAAAAAUGCUACAAAAACUGUCGGUAUAUCAUUUUAUUGGGGUGGUACCAAAGCUUAUUAUCUGGCCAUGGAUAACAAUGAAACUUGUCAUAAAAUUAAGAAAUUACUGAAACAUAUUUUUUCGCAAAAAGAUAUUAAUGUAAAAAUGUUUAAUAGCAAAGAACAAAUUAAGUUAUUAAAUAUUUGCUAUAAGAUAAGAUUAUGUUGUAAAAUUGAAGAUCCAAAAAUAGCAGACUGGCUUCUAGACCCUGACGGAAAGGAAAAAAGUCUUGAAACUAUGGUGCAUUCUUAUAAUGGAGCCUUGCUGAAAAUCUUACAAAUGACAGAUAACCCAAGUGAGUUGGGUAAUUUAUAUUGUCCAACUGAUGAUUGUGCAGUACCAAAAACGAGAGUUUCGGUAGAAGCGACAUUAACAUGGUACUUAGUUCAAUAUGCCAAGGAAAGACUCUCUAGACUAAUACCAUCAUUUAACUCCUCAGUUCAUUCAUCUUUUCCUUCAACCUAUGAAUUAGAAAUGAGAAUAGUUCCAUGUAUAGCAAACAUGGAACUUUCCGGAAUGACAGCUAGCAAAACCUCUUUGCAGAACGUGGCGGAUUUAUUAAAAAAUCAGCAGAAAGAUUUAGAAAAUAAAGCGUUCUCAUUGGCCGGUAGACGAUUCAGUUUUACAUCGUCUGUUGAGGUGGCGAAAGCCGUUGGUUUGUAUAGAGGGAAAAAAAUGAGCACGAAAAGACGAGUGCUGGAACAAAGCGAACAUCCCAUAGCGGACCUAGUUCUACAAUGGAGAAAAAUCAAUUUAACUAUUACGAAAAUGGUUAACAUACUGAUCUACUACUGUCACGAUGAUAAAAUUCACGGCAACUAUAUAAGUCAUACGGCAACAGGUCGAAUAACUAUGCACGAACCAAACAUUCAGAUGGUUAAUAAAGAUUUUACUGUUGAAAAUCCAAUAACCCAAGAGAAAACAAUAAUUAGUUGUCGUGGGGCAUUUAAUGCACCUGAAGGAUGCGUUUUAAUUUCUGCUGAUUAUUGCCAGUUGGAAUUGAGAAUUUUAACUUAUUUAUCCAAAGAUGAAUUAUUGAUGAAUGUGAUGAACGAACCGGGAGAUAUUUUUAAAUCAAUUGCUGCUCAGUGGAAUAAUAUUUCAGAGGAAGAGGUAACCGAUAAUCUGAGACAGCAAACAAAACAGUUAUGCUACGCCAUAAUUUACGGCAUGGGCGCCAAGUCUUUAUCCGGCCAGCUAGAUAUUUCUGAAGAGGAGGCCUUUCAUUUUAUGGAACGUUUCAAAGACACUUAUAUUGGCAUUAAACAUUUUAUUAAACAAACGAUAGAUUCUUGUAGAAAGCAUGGUUACGUAGAAACUAUCAUUGGCAGAAGAAGAUACCUCCCUCAUAUUAAUCAUAAGGAUUCGGCUAUGAAAAGUCAGGCUGAACGACAGGCUGUAAAUACAAAAGUUCAAGGAUCUGCCGCUGAUCUAGUAAAGAACGCAAUGGUUACUAUCGAAGACAAAUUAGACUUUUUAUUUAAAAAAUCGAAAUCUAGACCUGCAUUAACGCUUCACUUACACGACGAACUGAUUUAUGAAGUACCUGAGAAAUAUACCAGAAAGGUAGUUGAAAUUGUUAAAAAUGGGAUGGAACAUUCCACAAUCAAUUUUGGACACUUUCCAGUCAAAGUUAAGGUUGGAAAGAGUUGGGGUGAAUUAGAAGAAUAUGUUCUCUGAUGUGAUAUUUUUUAGUCAAUAAUUGUAAUUUUUGUCGCCUUUUUCAAUCAACUAAUUUUAUUGAUAUAUACAUAUAUUGAUUUUUUUUCAUGAAAGUGAUUUAUCAAUUUCUAUAUUUUUUUAGUAAGUAGGUAUCUGUAAUUUUAUGUCAUCUUUUUCAUUAGCGAAUUUUAUUUAUUUAUAUCUUGAUAUUUCUUUAGAUGAAAGUGUUUUAUCAAUUAAUAAAUUUUUUAGUCAUCAAUUGUAAUUUAUGUGUCUUUUUCGUUAAUUAAUUCUAUUGAUUUACAUCUUGAUAUUUUUUAGAAAGUGUUUUAUCAAUUUUUU